CAGUAUACUCGCGCGCCAAAUAAUAGGGUGCUUUCACUUGAUCGUGUAAGUUCGACAAAGCUUCAGUGGUUUACAGCUGUUGGUAGACAUCGUAAACGAGGUCCAUGAAUCGAGGACGAGAGGCAUAGGUGAAUAUUCGGACUAGAGAAGAAAUUCAACAUUCAACACGUCAACGGAGGAACUCAAAAGUCUCAAAGUGUUUGAAACGAAUAGAUAAGAUCACUUACAAGUGCGAUCAUACGACUAAUCUAAUCUAUAGCAGCUUGACCCUGUACCGCGACGUUCAGACGUUCAAGACCUCACGUCGACGACUGGAUAUUCGCACAUCUCUUACCUUCAUUACCUGUAGCUCCGGUCAUACUCCAUCAUGAAUGCCAUGGACUUCAGUUCAAAUGUCUAUCUGGCUGUUACAACAGCACCGAAUCUGUCACAUAACCCUUCCUCUCUCGUAGUCCAUCCCACCGUAACCUAUGUUGGGAAGGUCGGUGAACUCGCAGACGUUCAAGUUGUAUCCGUGCCAAAGGAUGCAUGGGACAACGUCAAAGAUGAUGUCUUCCGAGCUCUGAACGCUUUGGAUGGCGUGCAGAGAAUCGAGAUCCAGAGCCCUCCCCGUCAAAGAGUCAAACGUGGCGACGAGUUAUGAUCUUCACCGAUGUUUUUGAUACUUCUUUUGGUAUGUCCUUGUGUACAUUUUACCCCGUGGUUUGUGUUGAAACACAGUUCUCAGGUGAACUUUGAGGCUGAUAUCCGCUGUAUACUAUAUUCAAUGUAUCCUAACAGAGCGGCUCAAUUUACAACAAAUUAAUCCCAAUUUCCUUGCAUCCUUCUCAUCCAUGUACUCGAAGGCUGCAAGUGAUAAACGUGACACUGCGUUCACUUCCCCGUGUCGUACUAUACUUGUCCGCCUCUAUGCUUAUUCUACGCCAACGUGCUUACCUAUAUGAUCAUUCCAUCCAUAUCUAGUAUCUACAUUCUAUGUCAUGUCAAAUUCAGGAGUGGUGUUUAUAUCGUAAUAGACAAGGAAAAUGCUUGCCGUUACGCCUGAAGCAAAAUAUAGGAUGUAAUUGCUUCAUCGACUAUGAUACUUCCUACUAAUAGAGCAAAGAAACAUGCAUAUAUUAAAG